AUGCCUUUAAUUCCGAAAAAUUUUGGGCGACGCAAGUCAACAGCAAAUGCUUUAGAAAAUCCCGAACCUCCUGUCGAAUCUUCCUUCAAGGUCUUUGAGCGUCCUCAAGUCGGAGGGCAUAAGUCUGGUCCAUCGUUCGACGGUGGAGUGAAAUUUGCUAGAGGAAGUGUUACAGCGGAUUCACAUAAGGAGGACAACCUUUUUGAGGGCAUGAAAGUUAAUACUGUUAAUCGUGGCAGUGGAGCAUCAAAUACGAACACCGCAUCUACCACAGAUAAUUCCUCCCGCUUGAGUGCAGCGUCUACAGCCCCUUCUUCUAUGGACACACCUGGCCACGAAGAAUGGAGAGCAUCUCAUGAUAGACAUCACGGCGACGGUUCCCUUCCACCAAAAACAUCCUCAGGUUUUUCUCUAAAGAAUGCUGGAAGAUCUCUUUCAUGGGGAAGAAACAAAGCCACUGCGUCUCCAUCAAAAGCAUCAGACGAAUUACCGCCUUCACCGACCAUCCGAGACGAUAGCACUUCAAUCCGUACUCGCGCUGUGACUGCAUCCAGCUACGCAAGCACUGCUACACCACCAAAACUUGGAGAUAGAGACUUGGAUCUCACAAUGGGAGACGACUUUGGAGACAUGUUUGCCGGAAUGGCGCACCGUAGAAGUGCGGAAAUACUACCACCUGAGCCAGCAUUCAAGUCGUAUUCUGCCAAUCGUGCCAACAACCAACCUUCACCCCUGAAUCUCGAUAAACGUAAACCAGUGGAAGACCCGCCAUAUUCAUGGGGAUCAAAUGAUGGACUUAUGAAAAAUACUAGUCCGCCUCCGGUGGUAACUCGUAAUAUGGGACCGCCUUCUCAACAGCCUCCUCCUGUUCCAAGGCACGGACCUCUUCAUCAAACUGACGGGAACCAAGCCAUCCCAAGGCCGCGGUCGAGUGCGCCUCGCCCUGAUUCCUCACUCAAGAGAAGUAGUGCUAUCUCCAUGCGCCGCCAAUCUACAUUAGAUUUUGAUAGCGUCGACGAGGACGCUGCACUCUUGCGUGAUUCAAUUCAUGCGAGCAAGAAUCUGGGUGAAGCACCAAGUAAUCCUCCGGCCCGUAAGAGCUGGGCACUCCCUUCGCAAGCUGCAUACAAUGCCAAACCGACCGCAAAAACACAACUCCUUGAGCCGGAUGAGGAUGAAGAUCUCUUCGAAUCCGCCGAUUUAGCCCAGCAAUUCCAAGAAAAGUCGGAAUCCCCACCUCCUUCGAAACAAGCUCCUCUAAACAAGGUCAUGACACCAGCACAAUUCGAGCGUUACAGACAAGAUCAAGAGCGUUUGCGAAGCGUCGGCGGGCGCCUGAAAGAUGAGGAAGCCGAGGAGGAAGAUGAGGAAAAUUAUGAGGAUGAUGAGGACGAAGCAGAGAAGAGCAAAAAUGCUGCCAAGCAACGACGGAAGCAGGAGGCUCACAUGUCAGUGUAUAGGCAACAGAUGAUGAAAGUUACCGGAGAAUCGACACCCGCGCCAGCACCUCGACCUUCAAUGUUUAGCAGCCAAAGUACACCCAACUUGGUACUCGAUGUUCCGACGGAGGAUGGAGAGGAGGAGGAUGAAGAAGUUCCUCUGGCCAUUCUUGCUGCUCAUGGAUUCCCCAAUAAGAACAAACCACCUACAAGCAGGUUAACUAGCAUGGGAUCUAAUCCAAAUCUCAGGGGAGCAGCUCAAGGUGUCCCAGGUAUCGGUGGACCUUUGCCUGUAUUUGCUCGCAAUCUACCACAAGACCCUUAUGUUGGAGCAGGCCUUGUGUAUCCAGCUAAUAGGGAGUCAUUGGCAUUUGGAAAUGGUGGUCCUGGGUCCGUUCACAGCAUUCCUAACAGAGGUGCUCCUCCAGGAGGUCUCGUAGGUGUCAUUGCCACAGAAGAACGUUCUCGAGCCAUGCGAAGGGGUAGCCCAAACCCUGGAUAUGGUCAAAUGCCUCCUGGCGGCUUUACUGGCAUGGUUCCUCCACCAAUGAUGGGGCAGAUGCCUAUGGGUGCUGGCGCGCUAGGAAUGGGCCAGGUGGGACCUAUGGGUGCAAUGCCUCAACCAAUGCUCAGUCCUGGUGACCAAGCUCAGAUCCGUAUGACUGAGCAGAUGCAGUCAUUCAUGGAGAUGCAAAUGCAAUUCAUGCAAAUGAUGGCAACCAACCAGAAUGGAAAACCCGCUCCACAGGCCGGUGGUGCACCGCAACUCGGGCCAUUGGGUCAAUUGGGUCAAUUAGGUCACAUGUCUCAGCCAAACUUUGGUGAAAUGCAACGACCUACAAGUCAGCAGUUGACCACUAGCAAUUCUGGACCAAAUCUCCGACCAGAAAAUGCACAACGUACCAUGAGUAUGCUUGAGCCUUCUGGUAUGCCUUGGUUACAGCAGCAAGGUCAAGGAUAUGCAUCGUCAAUACACGCUCAGGGCAAUGGUUAUGCUCCGUCAAUAGCACCUUCUGAACGCAGCAACGUUGGAUUACCUGGCCGAUACAGACCAGUUUCACACAGUCCCCCAACUGAAGCCAAGCCAAAAGACUCAACCAUGCCAGGUGCACAGGGGGGUUGGGAAAACAAGCAUGCCUCAACCACGAUCAAGACCGUUCAAAGGGUAGAUAAUGACGACGAAGAUGACGAGGAAGCGUGGGCGGAAAUGAAAAAGAAGAGAGAGCAAAAGAGAUCUCUUUGGAAAUCAAAGAAGGAUACCAGUGGUUUAUCGGAAAUGCUUGGUUACACGCAAUAA